GAAAUUAAAUGUGAGUUGUGCUUGUUUAGAGAUUAAAUAAUUUGUUAAAUGAGUGUAAUUUUGUUAUAAAACUAUGGCCUCGUUGUCUUUGCCCCGCGUCCUGCACCCCCGGAAAACCAGUCUUGAAAUUGAACGCGAAAAUUUCGAAAAAUCGCAGAUUUGCAUGGUCUUUUAUUAAUUAAAUAAAGUCACGUUGAUUGCAUGCCUUUUUUGGAUUUUUCUCUAACAAUUGUAAAAAAUGGCUAAACUUUAUACAGAACGGGAUUAUGAAAAAUACGCCCAAGCCCUCUCGAAGGCGAUCAACAGCCAGGAAACCCCCGUAAAACAAAAACAUGUCCGUUCGGCCAUCAUCGGUACGUUUCACACACAAGGUGCGACGACUUUUUGGUCGAUCGCCCUUAAACUACCGGCGAUGGACGACCGAAUCGUCGCUUGGAAGUUGUGUCAUGUUGUUCAUAAAAUCCUCCGAGAGGGUCACCCUUUGUGCCUUGUCCACAGCCAACGACAUCGUCACGAUCUCGACGAAAUCGGAAAAUUAUGGGUGCAUUUGAAAGAGGGUUACGGUAAGAUGAUUCGGUUGUAUACGAGUCUUCUGAUGACGAAGUUGGAUUUUCAUCGGAAAAAUCCGCGUUUUCCUGGCCAUUUGGGCGUUUCGCACGAGGAGUUGGAGUCGAUUGGUGGGAACGAUAUUAAUAAUUAUUUUCAAAUGACGGUGGAAAUGUUUGAUUAUUUGGAUAAUAUAAUUGACUUGCAAGCUGCCGUUUUUGGGUCGCUUGAUAUGGCGCGCUCGAAUUCGAUGACCAGUGCUGGACAAUGUCGGUUGGCACCACUGAUUCCUUGUAUCCAAGAUGCUUCCAAAUUGUACGAUUAUUGCGUGAAAAUCUUGUUCAAGCUACAUUUUGCCUUACCGCCUGAUUUACUCUCAGGUCAUAGACAGAGGUUUCUCAAACAGUUUAAACAGUUGAAAUCGUUUUAUCAAAAUACGAGCAAUUUGCAAUACUUUAAAGACUUGAUUGCGAUUCCGCCACUACCUGAGAAUCCUCCGAAUUUUUUAAUACAGAGUGAUCUUCGUACAUACGUAACACAAGAAGUUGUAGUACCGCAGGAACCGGAAGAGGAACAUGUGACUGAAGGUAGUCUUAUUGAUACGUCCGAAACGUCGGAUUUUACGGAUAAUCACAGUCGGAAUUCGAUUUCUCCAAGUCCGGCACAUCAGGAAAUUUUAGUCGAACGAGAUUUUCUCAAAAGUCAGUGCGACAAAUUGAGUUCCGAUAUCGGUAUUUUGUUGGCUCGUAAUCAAAAAAUCGUCGAUGAUUACCAAACGAAAAUCACCAAUCUUGAGACCGAAUUAGCGACAAAAGAAAGUCAAUUGCUUCAAGAGCGUCAAGUGAAGGAAGAUUUAAUGAAUCAGGCUUUUGCUGUGGCACAGUCACAGGAUUGUGAACAGAAAGUUAAAGACGAAAAAUUCAAUAAAUUAAAAGAGGUGUAUGUGAAAUUACGCAACGAUCAUAUUCAAAAAUUACGUGAAAUGGCCGAAGCCGGAAAAAAAGUUAAUCAAUUAACGCAGCAAGUCUCAUCAAUUGAACAAAUGAAAGUUGAGCUUGAAGCAACAAUAGUGUCAUUACGGGAACAAGUAGCAAAAUCGGAUGAAAAAUUACAGAAAUCUGCAAAUUCUCAAAAUGAGGAAUUGGAAGCUUUGAAACGUGAUAAAGAAUUGUUUAAUAUGGAGACGGAAAUUUUGAAAAAAAGCAUCGAUGAUGCGUGCAAAGAACGCGAUGGUUUGAUGGUCGAAUUGAGGGAAAUGCGUGCGAAAAAUGAGGGUUUGUUGAGGGAGGUUGAGGAAUGGAGUGAGAAAUUCAAGGUUGUGGAGGAGGAGAGUGAGACAGUUAGGAAAACUUCAGAGGACGAGAUACGAAAAAUCGUCUUGCAAUCGCUCGAAAACAACGAACUAACCCUAAAACAAGCCCUUGACGAGGUUGAUAACCCUGCCCUAACUGCGCUCUCGUGCAGUCCCGAUUAUUUACGAAGUUUGAGUAAAGUUUGUUUAGAGUCGUUAAAAUACGAAAUUGAUUUGAUCAAAACAACGAAUUCGUACGUAGUUGUUAAAGCGAAUGAAAUAACGCAUCGGAUUUGUGUGUUUGUUAUUCAAGGACGGGCGACGGGUAACAAUAGUCCUGAUAUUAAUUUUGGCGAAAAAAUGGCAGAAGAGUGCAAAAUUUUGGGUGGAAUUAUACUCAAACUUCUUCAGUGUUUUAAAGAGCGGUCUGAUACAAAGUCGCUUCAAAACGAGGCGAUUGUUAAACUUGAAGAAGUUGCAGCACUUGCUGAUAAUAUUAACGUUUCAAUGAAUGGGAUUAAGGCCGAAAAUUUGGCCGAUUUGCUGGAAAGCGAAAUGAUGGAAAUGGAUAAAGCGAUCGAGGAAGCGGCCAAUCGUAUUCAGGACAUGUUGACGAAAUCACGGACCGCCGAUUCUGGCAUAAAACUCGAAGUUAAUAGCAAAUUACUCGACUCUUGCACGACUCUAAUGCAGGCAAUUAGAGUCCUAGUGCAGAAAUCGCGUUUAUUACAAGCCGAAAUCGUAGCUCAAGGAAAAGGAACCGCAAGUGCGAAAGAAUUUUACAAACGCAACCAUCAAUGGACCGAUGGUUUUAUUUCGGCGGCGAAAGCCGUGGCAGUCGCAGCGAAAUUUCUUUUAACAGCGGCUGAUAAAGUGGUUUCAUCAAACGGUAAAUUAGAACAAAUGGUUGUGGCGGCGCAAGAAAUCGCCGCCUCGACGGCGCAAUUGGUUGUCGCAAGUCGGGUCAAAGCCAAUCGAAAUAGCGCAAAUUUGCAGCAAUUGACGCAAGCUUCCAAAGGCGUGACCACAGCCACAGGAACGGUUGUGGCGACGGUUAAGGACUGCAGUCAGUUGAUUGAUGAAAAUGAAGAGUUGGAUACGUCGAAUUUGACACUGCAUCAAGCAAAGACGCUCGAGAUGGAAUCUCAAGUGAGGGUUUUGGAGCUUGAAAAGGAGUUGGAACAGGAGAGGCAUCGGUUGUUGGCCUUGAGGAAGCACCAUUAUAAGCUCGAAGGAGAUAAUGAAAAUUGAGGUGCCUCAAAAUUUGCAUUAGAGAAAUUCCAAAGAUAAUUGUUAAGGAUGACUACAAACCGUUAGCAUUUUACAUAAUUUAUACCUAUUAAUUUAACAUUAAUUUUAUAUGUUUCAUAUAACUGUUUGUAAUUAAUACAUGAUGUAUUUACAUUGAAUGAAUAAAUUAUUGUAACAA